AUUUUCUAGGAAAGCAAAUUUAUUGAAUUGUUUUGGUCGUUAUUUUUGAUAAAUCUGGAUAUACGUGUUGUUUAUGAGUACUUAACGAUUAUAUUAUAAUAUCUUUAAUCGUAAUUAUUGUCCAAGGCGACAGGCUUAGGAAAGAUAUCUUAGUCCGUGUCCACGGCGAAAUAUUUCUUUAUCAAUGUUAUUAAUUUAUUAUCUAUGAUCAUCGUUUAAUUGUUAAUUUUUAUAUUCCAUUUCAAUUAAGUAAAUAAAUAAAUAAUUACAAAUUAUUUACCAAUAUUCCAUUGUUAUUACUCAGUACUCAACUUUUAAAAAACUAUAUAUAAUAUAACGGCAGUCAACCAAUUUUUAGUUUUUUAAAAAUCAAUCAUGGAGAACAUUAAAAUUGUUGAAAACGUGUGCUUAGUUACUAUAGACCAUUACAUCAGUAAUCCUAUUAAUGGUCUUGAUUCUUUGUAUUCAGAAUUCUGGGGAACACAGGUUUGCAAGGUUCCUGUACUUAGGGUAUUUGGAUCUACACCAGACGGUAAUAGUUUUUUCCUUAGUAGCUAUAUUGUAAUAUUUAAUAUUGAUAUUAUACUUAUACUUUGGUUUUGAUAUACAUUUUUUAGGUGAAAAAUGCUGUUUACAUGUACAUGGUGUUUAUCCAUAUAUAUUUGUUCCAUUAGAUGAUUCAUAUGAAACAAAAAAUCAAGGAAUCGUACAUAAUUUUGCAAAUAGUCUUGAUAAAGCUUUAUGCCUUGCUAUUGGAACAACAAAUUCAAAAUCUAAACAUAUUCAUAAUAUAACAAUAGUAACCGGAAAGUAAGUUUUAUUAAUUUUUUUUUUAAAAUUAUAUAUUUGAAUAAUAAUUUAUGUAACUAAUGUUUUCAGAUCAUUUUAUGGUUAUCAUAGUAGAAAUACCAAAUUUUUAAAAAUUUUUUUUUACAAUCCCUAUUCGGUCAAAGUUGCAGUUGAUUUAUUACAAGUAUACAUAAUAAUAUAAUGCUAGAGAUCUUAUUAACCGUUGUCUUAUAAAAAGAUUAUUUUAUUCUGCUUUUAGAAUGGAGCUAUAUGUAAUACAAUAUUUCAGCCCCAUGAAGCUCAUAUUCCAUAUCAUUUACAGUUUAUGAUAGAUUAUAAUUUACAUGGAAUGAAUUAUAUAAAACUGUUAGAUGUUAAGUAUAGAAUUUCCGAUGGACAAGGGUAGGUUAGUUAAAUAAUAAUAUUACAGUUUACACUUAUAGAUUAAAAUAUAGUUAUUAGAUGUAGGUUAAUCAAUAAAUUAUGUUCCUAAUUUAUUUAUUAAUUUAGAUAUACCUAUGUUGUAUCAUUAUAUAUUUACAUUGUACUGUUUUCUAUAACUUUAAAAGUUAAAAAUAAACUUUCAUGUAUUAUUUUAAAAAUUACAGAUUUAAUAAUGAUAUUAAUAUUUAAAAAUGUAUAACUAAAAAAAUAAAACAAAAAUUACAUUUUUUAGUCUAAUACAUUUAAUUUAUUAUUUUGAUCUGUAUUAAAAAUAUACAAUUGAAUAUUUCUUGUGUAGAUAAUUAAUUACAGUGACUUUUAUUUUAUACAUUUAGAUGUGGUUAAAAAAAAUAUUAAAAGGGAUUCAUUGAACUAUUAUAAAAUAUAAUUUGUUUUAUUUAUUUAUGCAUGCAGUUUAUCAAAAACCUUUAAUAUUAAGGAUUUCAUAUGAAUACUUAAUAGCAAUUUUAUGGAAUUCAUUCAUUAAUAUGGAUUUUUUAAACAUAUUUCUAGGCCUUCAAAAACUAGUCGCUGUGCUAAAGAAAUGGAUGUUCAAGAUACUGAUAUUUUAAAUCCUAUACUAAAUAAUGGUUUAAAUUUUUGUAACAGUAAAAUUAAUUCACAAUUAAUUUUUAUUCUACUUAUAAUUUUAUAGGAGAUUUAGAAAAUUCUGGUUUGGUAAAUAUUCGAGAACAAAUACAUAAAUUAUCUACAGAUUUAAACAUAACACGAAAAGGUCUUGAAGUAUUCAGUGGAGAAAGAAAAACAUUACUACCAUCAAAUACAGAAAUCACAUUUGCUAUUGAAUUUAAAAAAAAAGAAGAAUUAAAAGUAAUUUUUUUUUUUUUGUAAAUUUUAUUUUAAAACAGAAAAAUAUCAUCGCCCAUUAAAAUCAAAUGAUUAUAAUUUUGGAUAUCUAGAAACUUACUCAUUUUUUAUUACAAAUACAACUUGAAGUAGGCUGUUCAAAAUAACAACUUUAAGUUGGUCAUAUCAUUUGAGAUAUAAAUAAUUAACAAUACAAUUUAUUUAAGAUUGUGUAAUUUUGUUUAGUUAAAAUUUUGAAACUUAUUUUUAUUACAAUUUAGCAUAUAAUAUAAUUGUAUUAUUAAGUAAUAAGUUUAUAUUUUGCAGAAAAAAAGUGUUAAUACUUUCAUAGAACUUGAAUUAUCUGUGAAUGAAGAUUUAGUUUUUAAUUUAUCAGAAACUUUACAUUCUCAAGCAUUAAGUUGUAAGUUAUCAAAUAUUAUUUGUUUAGAUUAUAAAACAUAAUCAAGGCUUGGAUUUUAAAGCAUUUGCUAAUUAUUAUUGGAUAUAGAUAAAAAGAAUAGAGUGAGCUAUACAUUUGUUUUAUAUACAAGAGACCUUAAAUAUGACGACCUGACCCAACACCAUUUGUUUCUUCUUACAACAAAAGUACCAUGGGAGUAUUCUCAUCCCUUUUAACAGGGAUUAUGGUAUUAUCAACUAUAAGGAGGAUUCCUUCACCCUACAGAAACAAUACCAUAUUAUAAUUCUAUUUAUUAAAAAAAAAAUUAUAAAUUCUAUUCCAAGUUUGUCCGGCAUUUCUAUCCUGCUGAUUUGAAUGAAUAAUUUUUAAAUGAAAGGUAUUCUCGCAUAGAUAACGCAACAAUUAUUGGAAUACGUUUAAUUUUGCCCCUCUUCAGUUAUACUCAAAUGUGAUGUUGCCUGUGCAUUUCUUAUAAGAGUUCUGUAUACUGCAUUUUUUCAUGUUUCCGGUUCUAAUUGAGGUACAGUUUUUGUUUUUGGCUAAGAACAGUCAAUUUGAGCAAUUGGCCAAUUAAAUUUGAUGACUUGAAGCAGAGUUAGGUAAGCACAACAAGGUUAAAUUUCAAUUUUUCUCAAGAAAUACUCUUACUAUUCUUACUGGCUAACUAAUUCAGAACAUUUCUUAUAUAGGCAUUGCUUUUUAGAAUUUGUAAUCGAUGGCAAAUAAGCAGUUGAUAUCUGUGCAUUUGUUCAAGUGUCUAUUGCUCUAUGUCAUUAACUAAAAUUUCUUUGUUAUUAUUAUAGUUUUCCUAAUAAGUUUUAGGUAUUUAUAAUUUUUUUUAAUGUAUAGAUAAUUAUGGGUCUUGAUAGGGAAAUUAAAAAUGCUAAAUGGAUGAGUAAAAAGUAAAAGCUGAAAAUUGAGAAGCCAUUUCAGACUGAAUACAAUUUGAUGACAUGUGGUUUAGAAGGAAGUAUUAUGAAAUUAUUUUUCUUUCAUGUUUAUAUUUAUUGCUUGAAUUCAACUUACAUUAGGUUGGGAACAAAUAAAGAACAAAUUAAAAAGAACUAAACUACCAACUUUGUGUCCGUACAUUUUCAUUACAUAUAACUAAAUAUUUCCAAAAAGUGAGUAUGUGCAUAUAAUCCCUUUCUCUCAAUUUGUACUUCACCAAAAUCAAAAAAUGAGGUACCCUUUUAAAAAUCAAGUUCUUUUUUUUUCUGACAAAUUUUAAAUUUAGAACUGUAGAAUUUGUUAUUUGUUUAAAAUAAUCAAAGAUAAAAAUUGAUAUUUGAAUGCAAAUUAUUCGCACGGGCAAACUAGUAUAUAUUAUUUUACAAUUAUUAAAAUUUAUUUUAUGUUUAACAAAGUAAAAUAAAGAUUUAAACUAUAUUUUAUAAAGAAUUUUUUUUUAUUUAGCAUACAUUUUAAAAUGUCAGUACACAGUCUAAUAAUUUUUUAUUAAUAAUAAAUUUCUGGACUACAUAAACUGUAUGAUUUAUCUUACUUUGUUAAAUUGUGUGAAUUUAACCUUAAUGCCAAAUUAAUAAAUCUAUACAGUUGUAUUAAUUAAUUUCAAUUAGGGGAUAGUCAAAGCGUGGAUUUAAUGAAUUUGUUAAUGAAGGAAAAAAUGUCUUCUAAAAAUGAAGAUAGUAUUCUUAAUCAUGAUAUUUCCUAUGAAGAUGAAAAUUUAUCAGAAAAUGAAGAACUAUCCAUAUCAUUAAUGCAAUUAAAUGAAAAGUAUAUUUUAAAAGUAAUAAAUUAAUUUGAUUAAUACUAUUAAUAGCAAAUUAAAUGAUUUAGGCAAAGUACAGAAAAUAUUUUUAGUUCAAAUCAAUUUCAAGUAAAUGGUUCUCCAAUUAAAGAAGAUAUUCAAGUUUCCAAGUCUAAUUUUGAUAUGGAUAAUUGCGAUCAACAUACAACUAAUAUUGAUCAGUAAUUUAUUAAUAAAUAAUAUUCUUACUAUAAUUUAUAUAUUAAUUUAAUUUUUUUAGAACCAAUAUUAUAAGUUAUAAUGAAGAAUCUAACAGUAAUCAAACAUGUGAUAUGUUUUGUAGUUCAAAUAGUUCAGUUGAAGUUUACACCAAUAAUACAUUAAAUUAUGAAUCAUUCACUAUUUGUAAUAAUCAAACAAUAAUGUCAAGUAAAUUGUGGACAUUACAUCUAAAACCUCCCACAUAUAAUGAUGCUUUAUAUUUUAUUAAUAAAAUAAAGAACAUCCAAUACAAUAAUCUAUUUCAAUUUCAAUAUAACAAUACAAUAGAAAAUAUUAGAAAAGGUCUAUUAUCAUUAAGUUUUCCAUUUGGCAGUGAUUUAAAUUUUUUUGCUUCUGAAAGCAGUAUAAUUAUAGAACCAUUAAAUCAACCACCAUCAUAUUUAAUGGCCUUUAAGUGGUUAGAAACACAUAAUUCAAAAAAUAAGCGCAAAAGAAAAAUUAUUCAAAACAAUAUACAUAAAGGUCUUUUGACUCCUGAAUCAAAUCCAAAAUCAAUACUUUUAAAAAAAAUCAAUCAUAGUACACCAAAUUCUAGCAAAAUUAAAUUAAAUGCAUCUUCACCAUAUACUCCAAUGAGAAGAGAAAAUAAAUGUGUGCAAUCAAAAAGAAAACUUAACACUCUUUUCCUGGAUUCUAUACACGUGAGCAAGUUUAUUGGAUUAUGUAUUGAACAACAUUUAACUACAUUGUAUAUGAUUUUAGGCAGAUACAAGCAAUGAUUCAAGAACAGAAUUUUUUAGUUCAUUUAGAACUACUAAUAGUUCUGACAGUAACAUUUUAGAUGGGGUCCAUACUAGUCAAAGUUCUCAUAACUUUUGUAUUGAUUCAGAAAAUACAAAAAAUGUAUUUUAUUACAUAAUAUACAUAAAUGUUUUCAGUUUUGUAAAAAAUUAAUAUUACUAAAAUGCAAUAUAUAUUUUUAGAAUGACAAUCUUACUAUUUUAACUAUGGAAUUGCAUACUCAGACUAGAACUACUAUGACUCCAGAUCCAGAAUAUGAUUGUAUCCAGGGAAUUUUUUAUAGAAUUUAUAAAAUGUCUAAAGAAAAUGACUCAAAAAUAGGUAAAUUAAUUAAAUUCUUAUUUAAAAAUUACAAAUAAAUAUAUAUAAAAUAUAAUUUACCUGCCAUUAAAUUCAAAUAUAUUAGGUUGUAUUUUGACAAGUCCAAUGAAUCAAUAUUUAAAUGGUUUUUCACAUUUUAAAUCAGAAAUAACUAUUUGCAAUGAUGAAAUUGAACUUAUUAAUACAUUUAUUCAGUUGGUAAAUGAUUGGGAUCCAGAAAUCAUUUGUGGUUAUGAGGUAAAAUUAGUGAAGAAAAUGUCUGUGCAUGGAUAAUAAUAAUUUUUAUUUAUUUCUAUUUCAAUAACAUUGAAAAUAAUAUUCUAAAAUUAGUUAAAAAAUAUUUCAAUUCCCUUUAAUAAAUACAAUAUACAUACCUAAUAUGCUAUGAUUUACUAAAUUCAAAUUUCAUUUACCAUGUAAACUGAAAAAUAGUAAAAAUGUUUGUUGGUACUUUACACUUUUAUUUUUUUGUAUGUAUAUUUAUAUUAAUUAAAUCUAUUUUUACAUCUUCUAUUUUUGAAAUAUGUAAUUGUUGUAUUAUUUAUACCUUUAGAUAGAAAUGCAUUCUUGGGGCUACCUAAGAGAUAGGUGUCGUUAUGUAGGACUUAAUAUGAUUAAAGAAUUAUCGAGAAUAAUAACAGAAAAUGAGCAAUCUUCUGAGUGUCAUGAAGAAAUUACAAAUUCCGAAAUGAAAAUCAAAGGACGAAUUGUAAUGGACAUUUGGAGGUUGCUUCGACACGAGGUUAUAAAUAUUAAAUUAUUGAAAUUGAAUAGUCUAAUUUCAAGUAACUUUUUUAUUUUAGUUAGCAGUUCAAAGUUAUACAUUUGAAAACAUGGUUUACCUUAUACUACAUCAAAGAGUACCCAGCUAUUCUUAUCAAACACUUUCAUUUUGGUGGGAUCAUAAUACAUUUUUAUACAAGUAUAGUAAAAAAAAAAAAUAUAAUAAUUUAUUAUUGAAGCAUAAUUGAAUGGUCUUAGGAGUCGUUGUUCCUUAAAUUUUCUAUUUAGAUUUAAUUGAAGUUUUAAGUAUAAGUGACUUUUUAAGUCGUAACUAAUUUAUCGAAUGAACCUAAAGUAUACAUUUUUACUACUUAAAUUGUAUUAAAAACAUAUUUAAAUCUUGUGUUUCACAAUAUUGUUGGAUGUUUAAUUUCUACAUUACACUAAUGAAUUAUUAUAUAUUUUACUAUAGUAAAAUAUAGUAUUAUGUAUGAUAAAAUUAAGAACAUUCAGUGAUCUAUCGAUCUAUUUAGAUUAAAAUUAUAAUUUUGAUGUCUUUAUUUCAUAGAUGGUUGACUAUAGAUUAUUACUUGUUCAGAGUAGAAUGUACAAUAAAUAUUUUGCAACAACUAGAUAUAAUUGGCCGAACAAGUGAACUUGCAAAAUUAUUUGGUAUACAAUUUUACGAAGUAUUAUCAAGAGGUUCACAAGUAAGUUAAUUUUGAUUUAUUAUUAUAUUGAUUAGUAAAGACCAGCAUAACUUGAUUUAACUCAAUAACAAUAUUGUACUAUUAUUAUACUUUGUUUUCUCUUUCAUUUCAAUACAUAUUGAAAUUGUAUGUAAACGUUUCUUCUUUUUUUUAUGGAAAGACUUUAUGACUGAAAAUAUUGUUUAUUUUUAUUAAAUACUAAUUUUUAUAAAAGUUUAGGGUAGAAUCAAUGAUGUUGCGUCUAGCUAAAAAUAAAAAUUAUGUUGCUGUUUCACCUAAUAUAAAACAAAGAGCUGAAAUGAAUGCACCUCAAAGUUUACCAUUAAUAAUGGAACCAGAAUCAAAGUAUAAAAAUUUAAUAUUUUAAAUUGUAUUUUUCAAAUAUAAUAUUUAUAUUUAUAAUCAUGUUUAGGUUUUAUACAGAUCCAGUCAUAGUGUUAGAUUUUCAAAGUCUUUACCCUUCAAUUAUUAUAGCUUAUAAUUAUUGCUUUUCAACAUGUUUAGGAAAUACCGAUCUUCUUGGAAAGUGAGUAUUAAAUUAUUUUAUCAAAUAAUAAUAAUAGAUGUUAAGUUAUUUCAAAAUUACAUAAAUAUAAAAUGACUAUAAAAAUAUAUAGUCUUUUAUAGUUUACAUUAAAUUAUUCUAAUGGAAUAUUGUGUACCUAUUUAACUAGCCUGUGAAAUUAUAAUUAUUUGUCUAAUAGUUCUUUCAAUAUUUUAUAUCAUUUAAUAAUUUAAUUUUAAUAUCCAAUAUAUAUAAUAAUAAUGAAUAGGUAUAAUGAAAUAAUAAUACCUAAUCAAUAAUAUUCUACAUUAAUAGAACAGAAAGAUUUAAAUUUGGCUGUACAGAAUUAAAUGUACCUUUUGAAAACCUUCUCCAAAUUAUUGAUGAUAUAACAAUUUCUCCUUCUGGAGUUGCAUUUGUGAAGAAAAAUAUUUGUAAGGGAAUAUUACCAACCAUGUUGCAAGAAAUAUUAGACACUCGAAUAAUGGUAAAAAAAUAUAAUGUGCGAAAUAUUUGUUGUUUAUUUUUUUAUCUAUAGCUUAAUAUUUCAUUAGGUCAAAAAUUUAAUGAAAGAACAAAAAAAUAAUAAGCAUCUUUAUAAAAUAUUAAAUGCCCAACAACUUGGCCUAAAAUUAAUUGCUAAUGUAACAUACGGUUAUACUUCAGCAAAUUUUUCUGGAAGAAUGCCAUGCAUUGAGGUAUUUUUAACAAUAUUUUUUUGUGUAUUUUGUAUUAAUGAUUAAUCUUUAUUAUUUAGAUUGGGGAUAGUGUUGUGAGCAAAGGGCGUGAAACAUUAGAAAGAGCAAUAACUUUAAUUCAAACUACAAAAAAAUGGACCGCUAAAGUUGUUUAUGGUGAUACAGAUUCAAUUUUUGUUUUAUUAAAAGGUCGAUCAAUAGAAGAUGCAUUUAAAAUUGGUAAUGAAAUGGCUGACAUUGUUACUAAAGACAACCCUGUACCAGUGAAAUUAAAAUUUGAAAAAGUUUAUCUUCCCUGUAUCUUACAAGUGAGUUAAAAUAUAAAGUUAAUACAGGUAAAUACAUAAUUUCAUAUUAUUUAAAAUUGUUAAAUUUAGACUAAAAAAAGAUACUGUGGAUACAUGUAUGAAAAUAUUGAACAAAAAAAACCUAAAUAUGAGGCUAAAGGUAUUGAAACUGUACGUCGUGAUGGUUGCCCUGCUGUUGCAAAGGUGAUUGUUAUAAUUAAUUUAUGUUUCUAUAUAUAAAAUAAAACAAUUUGAAUAUCACCUAUUCAAUUACUCAUUAAUAGUUGUUAAUAACAGUACAAUUAAAUAUAUAUAAUCAUUAUAUUUAUGUUUUAAUCUAGAUUUUAGAAAAAAGCUUGUGCAUUUUAUUUGAAACAAACAACAUUCAGGCCGUAAAAACCUAUAUUGAUAAGCAAUUUAAAAAAAUUUUGAAAGGCAAUGUAAAUUUACAAGAUUUUCUCUUUGCUAAAGAAUAUAGAGGACGUAAUGGUUAUAAGCCUGGUGCAUGUGUGCCUGCUUUAGAAUUAGCUAAGUAAAUAUAAAAGUAUUUUACUUUUAAGAUCAAUCAUUAUAAAUUAUUUGCAAUUUAUUAAAGACAAUGGGCAGCCAUAGAUAAACGUGCUGAACCACGAAUAAAAGAACGAGUCCCAUAUCUAAUUGUAGCAGGACCAAAAGGUUUACCCUUAAUAAAACUUGUUCGAUCACCCAGAAAUUUUAUUUCAGACAAAUCCAACAGGAUAAAUGCAGAAUAUUAUAUUACUAGAGCAAUAAUACCACCCCUUCAUAGGUGUUUUUCUUUGCUCAAUGUUGACAUAAACAAAUGGUAAUUAUUUACUGUAAUAAUAUUUAGUAACAUUAUUAAAUUAUUUAGUUUAUGAUUGUUAAUAUUAAAGGUAUUCUGAAUUGCCUCGUAAAUAUAAUUUUAAUUUCCGGGAUGUUUCAAAAACAGCUAAUCAGAAACAAACACUAUCUCAAUAUUUUUUUAAACAAAAUUGUAUUUUAUGUAAUAAAUUAUCACAACAUGGUUUCUGUGAACAAUGUGCAAAAAAUCCUCAAUAUUUAAUUUUACAACUUAAUCAUUUACUAUCAAAAUGGUCUAGAAAACAAAAUGAUUUAGAAACGGUAAAAAUGAAAUCAAAUGUUUUGAAUAACUAUUCAAAUAAUAAUAUUAUCAAUUUAACAGAUCUGUAGAUCAUGCUGUGGAAGAAACUUUGAAUUGAAAUGCAACUCUUUGAACUGCCAAAUAUUUUACAGUACUCAACAAGCAGCAAAAGAUAUGCAACAGUAUUCCUAUAUUGAUAAUAUUAAGCAAAAUGUAUGUUUAAAAAAUACAAUUAUUUUGAAAAAUCCCAAUGUAAUUUAAUAUGUACAGUGUACACUAAUUAAUUAACAUCUUAUAAAAACAAUUAAGUUUUAUAUAUUAUAUUUACGAGUGUUGUUUUUUAUUUUGUUGCUGAUUAGGAAAACAUAAGGAAAAACAACCCAGGAAAUAUUUAUUUUACAGGUACUACCAUUUAAAUUUUUUUUGCAUAUAAAAGUUACUUAUAAAGAAUAAUUGUUAUUAGGUAAUAAUUUUUUUAACAAAAUAACUGACAAUAAAUUACUACUACACACAUUGAUUUUAAAAAAAUCUUGAGAUCUGAACACUUGAAUUUUUAAUGUUUUGUACUUUAUUUUUUUAGUUCCUUUUGAACUAGUUUUAUGCCAACAAACUCCACACUAGGUGAUUCUGUAUGAACCAUAGGCAUGCUGAUAUGUAU